CAUUUAAGAGCGAAGGUUGCAGAACCUGUUAGGGCACAGGAAAAGCUAGGGUUAACUGCGAAGCAAUCUAUCUAUCUAUCUCGACAAUGAUCUACGACGUCAACUCUCCUCUCUUCCGUUCCUUCCUCAGCCAGAAGGGCGGUUCCUCUGAUAGGAGGAAAAUGGAGGAACAGAAGCCAAAGGAACAGAAACCCAAAGCAAGCGAGAAUAAGCCUAUUAUGACAGAGUAAAGCUGUUAAAAUGGAAGGACAGUGCCCUUGUAUGCCAAUCUUUGAAAUAGAUGAAAGCUGUGUCAAAUGCUAUUAUAAAAUAUUAGAAGUUCUGUCUUUGGGUAAUAUGAACAAAUGUAUUGCAAGACUUAAGAUUUUGACUUUAUAAUGAGAUCUUGUUUACAUACAAUGAGAUAGCAUACUAAAAUUAAAUCA